AUGGGCUACCCUAGAUUACCGGGCUACUCAAGUGAGUUCACUGGGAUUGAAUUUGGCGAAGCACAACUUGUCCAAAUCAAGAUAAUCAGUGGUGGACUAUGGGCCAGCAAAGGUGCGUCUUAUAUUAUGGAUCUCCAGAACCUGGGGCGUUCAGCUGAGAAAAUUCUAGAGGUUAAUGGUGAUAAGUUCAAUGUUUUGGCAUCUAAGUUUUUGUCAACUUGGGUUGGUCCUGGAGCUAGAAGGAGGGUACCGGAAUUGAAGACAACUGGAGAGGGUUAUGUGCAUCAUCCUUUAUCUGCUAAAGAAUCAAUUAAAGCAGCGGUUCCAUACUUAUCCAGAAAGUGGUACUCUCGUGCUGCCUUAUUUUGGAGGAACAUAAAGCAGGUUUCAGAUAAUGCCCUCCAACUAAUGGUCAGAUCGAACUGGGAUGACUUUCUCCACCUCAUUAAGGAUCUUCAAUUACCAAGCAUGGAUCAUCUUCUUUCGAACAUUGGUAAUGUUUUCACUUUGCUGCGAAAUGGCCACAUUCUCUGGUUCUUCCUCCUAUAA